CUUCUCCCGCUCUCUCUCUUGCCUAAACUUUGACAUUUGUUUGCUUGUGCUAUGGUUGUGGGUGCAUUGUGCAAAUAAAUCAUUGUUUCCUCAAUUGAAGUUGUUCCUUCUCAUAUUUGUCAUGGCCAUGGAGCCAGGUUAUGACAAAUUGGGGGCUCGUCCGCCUUUUUCUCUUUUGUGCCGUGACUUUGAGCGUGGCCCAUCAAAACAACAUUGUCCUCGCCCAUGCUGCAAGGCGUACUCUGAAGCUGUGGUCAGCACUGAUGUGAUCGGGGACACUUAUCAUGAAGUGCCUGCUCAUGCUCUCUGUUUUAAGGCUUUGAUUUUCAAAACGCCAAAUGGACGUGUCUGCGUUGAUCCUCAUGAAGAAUGGGCCCAGAAACUCACUGCCAAAAUGAAGAAGCUGAGAAGAUUGCAGAUCUGAAGUUCUGAUCUAAACAUUUUCCUCGCGCUGCAGAAAGCCCGCUCCAAAAAAAAACACAGCUAGCUACUAUUAUGUAUACUCACUAAGAGCAAUACUUCCCGGCAUGCACAAAACCUCUAUUCUUGUUUAGCUCAAACAUAUAUUUCUGCAGAAAGUGACGCAUCAAGCAAUAAAUAUGUACUCCCCAAACAAAAAAA